AUGAGACUCACGAGGUUGAUUGUCAUUCUGCAGGAGGAGGGGACGGGGGCGGUGCUUCUGGUCGCCAUCAUAGCGCUCAGUGCUCACGUCUCUCAGGAUGCCAAGUCGCUGACAGAGAAGGGCUCUUCCCAGGCUGAUCACUCGUCCUCCAAGAAGGUUGAGCUCAGCGACGAACAAGUCGAGCAAGACAAGCGACGAGUACGACAGUUGCAGAAGGAGAUUCAUGAGGAACAGGCAAAGGCGAACAAGUUGGACAAGGAAGUGACAUCUGCUGAGUCCGGUAUCAAGGUGAUCCUUCUCUUCCUCGCUUCUUCUGCGUCCUCCUGCUUGUCCCUCCACUUCUCUCCUCCCAGCACCUCGGAUGACAAGUCCGCCCAGAAAAUUUUGCUGAAAGCCAAGGAGGAGGAGAAGAAGGCGGGCAAAGUGAGGGCCGAGGUCGCGAGGGAGCAGCAGCAGGCGAACGAGAUGAGAGCGAACGCGGCGAAGCUGAAGAAGGAGAGCGAAGAAGCGAAAACAAAGUUUGUUGACACAGAAAAACCGAUGGAGACUGCAACAAAGAAAUACGCGGCAGACCAGAGAAAGUACCGACAAGCUGAACUGAAAGUUGCGAACCUGGCUAUCAAGAUUUCGAAACAUCCAGGAGACACAAAGUUUGAUUUCUUAGCCGCUAUGCGCAUGUCGGUGAUGGAAAACACGCAGGCUGCGAACGAAACUCGGAGCUCUCGUCAAGGUCUCGAAGCAUGCAAAGCAAGACGCGCGUCAAGUCCGAAGUUGGAUGGAAAGGAGAGUUUCUCCCAGCUUGCUGGACAGAGCGUGAAGAAGGAAAAGCAGGCGUCAGCGCUGGAAGCGGAGGUGAAGAGGCUGACGAAGGAGUCGAAGAAGUACGAGGAAGAAGCUGACAAGACAGUCAAACGCGUCAAGAAGUUGAUGAUCCACCCGGAAGAGCUCCACGAGAAGGCGGAGGCGGACAGAAAGUCGUACAAGGAGAAGAUGCAGGAGCUCGCAAAGUCGACAAGCAAGAAGUUGACGCAGGGGCAGUCGACGUUCCUUGCGGGACUCUUCUCCUCCAAUUCCCCGUGGGACAAGUCGUGA